AAAGCAGACAUUUGGAUUUUGGUUGAAGUUUGAGUGAUUAUAUUUUCAACUUUAUAUUUGCAAACAUGUAUCUUAUUUUGUAAUAACCACGUAAUAACUAACAAUGCUUAAAUCUUGAUUAAUAAUAAUUGUGUCCUGGAUGCCGUUUGCUAAAAUAUUCAGCUGAGAUACAAUUUUUAUAUUUUGGUAACAGUGUAUCUCUCUAUAUCUGGUCAUAAUGAAUGCUUUACCAGCUCAACCUGCUGGCAUUCAGAGCACAGCAGGAGCUGUACCAAUUCGUAAUGAGAAAGGUGAAAUAUCUAUGCAAAAGGUGAAGGUGCAGAGGUAUAUAUCAGGAAAAAAGCCAGAUUAUGCACAAGGUGUUUCUUCAUCUGAGGAAUCUGAUGCAGAAGAUUUCAUUGAACAGCAGAGGCCAGAAAGGAGGCAUCAUAUUGCUACAAUUACUGGAAAAGAUGAGAGUGAUUCUGAUAAGGAGGUUGAUGAUCCUCGAUUACGAAGGUUACGUGUGGCUGUUAAAUCACCCAUACGGAGAUCUGAGCAUAAACCAGAGAUAAUUGAUGCAGAGCCUGAUGAGCCGGAUGAGCAGAUGAGUGAAGAUGAGGCCAGACACAGUUCCGAAAGUGAGGAUGAGCUGGAUGAAGAGGAGAUUGAAAGGCGUCGGCAAGCAAUUAAAGCAAAACUGGCUGCUAGGGAGGCAGAAAAAGAAGUCUUAGGCAGAGAUGAGGAUGCAGACAUGUUAGAUGCAGAAAAUGAGGAAAGUGGAUCUUCAGACACUGAAUAUACAGAUAGUGAAGAAGAAACAGGCCCAAGAGUAAAACCAGUAUUUGUGAGAGCAUCCGAGAGAAUGACUGUGGCUGAGAGAGAGAAGAAAGCAAAACAACAGAAAAGGGAGGAAGUUGAAGCUCGUAGGGAAAAAGAAGAAAAGAGAAGAGAAGCUUUGAAACUUGUGGAAGAGACAAUAAGAGCUGAACAGAGAAAUACACAGGGAGAUCAAAAAGAAGCAAACUUAAAUGAUGUGUGCACCGAUGAUGAGAAUGAUGAGUUGGAGUACGAGUCGUGGAAGUUGCGUGAGAUGAAGCGAAUCAAACGAGAUAAGGAGGAGAGAGAGGCUGCUGAGAAGGAGCUACUGAAUAUUGAGAGGCUGCGUAAUAUGACAGAAGAAGAGCGACGUGCCGAACAACGGAUGAACCCAAAACUUGUCACCAACAAGGCGCAGAAAGGAAAAUACAAGUUCUUACAGAAAUACUACCACAGAGGUGCCUUCUAUUUGGAUAAGGAAGAUGAAGUGUUCAAGCAAGACUUUUCUGGACCGACAUUGGAUGACCAUUUCGAUAAGACUGUUCUACCAAAGGUGAUGCAAGUGAAGAAGUUUGGGCGAUCAGGUCGCACCAAGUACACGCACUUAGUCGACCAGGACACCACGGAGUUCGAUUCCGCUUGGAACAACGACGGCGCGGCCACUCGCAUGACCAACUUCAGGGGAGGAAUGAAGCAGGUGUUCGACAGACCAUCAGCUAAGAGAAGCAAUUAAAUUGACACCAGCUUCACUACUCGUCUAAUUGUUGGACCACUUGCGUGCGAAUUCGUCGAGAGGCAGUGCUGGUUGUACGUUUCGGAUUCACUUUGUUAAGGAGCACAAUUAUGUUUUAAGCUUAGAUAAUUUAUAUGUCUACAUAGCUGCUAGACAACCGAUGAAUACAGGCCGGGUUUAUUACUUUAGUGUGCGUGACAAACUACGUCUUACACUCGUGAUUUGUAUGUCACUUUGUGUUAGUGUGAGCGCAUUGCUCAAAAUAGAGGUUAACAGUCCACCUCAAUUUUUUUCGACGUUUUCACAGUCUAUCUAAACGUAUAAAUGAUCUAAGGUUUGAAGUUUGAGUGGUGGUACAGUCAGCGUCAAAAAGAUAUUCCAUUGUAUUCAAAAACGUGGCAACACCCAUCGUCACCAUAUACAUCGAUUCACUGAAAGUUACCAAAUAGUAAUGUAACGUGUGAACCCUAACUUCAAACAUGGGAUCGUUGCCCCAUAAAACAUAUUUUGUCUUUUAUGGUUUAUUUAUCUUCUUUACUAUUUUAAUUAUUAAACAUAUCAUUUUACUUUCAAUUUUUUAAUAGGCCGAAGGCCGACCGUUCUUACUUCACUCCAUCAUCUAACCUAUAUCGAUUGUUUUUCAAUCGCGUCAUUUCAGUUUUUAAAUAAAUUAAUAUUUCACCAUUACGGUCAACCGUAUUACAAGAGUUCUUAUGUGCGGAUAAGAACUCCUUGUUACCGUAAUAAAAAAAACUAUAGUGUCUCAAUUAAAUCAGGCAGUGCUGUUGAUUUAACAAGCCUAGCGAAACUCUCUAAGAAAAAAGCGAUUCACUCGAUUGUAUGAAACGUGAAGUCAUUGACAAAUUGACGGACAAGUUCAUUAUGGUUUACCAAGACUGACCAAAAUGUGCACUGACCUCUACUAUAAACCACUGGACUGGCGGCUGUCAAAAUGCUUUUGUGCCUGUUUGAUAUUCGCCAUUAUGGCGCUGUUGGCCAUGUAGCGAGAGUCUGCGGUACUAAAAGUAGUGAUGACAACCUCAGCAAACAUCGAUAGAUGGUGGGAAACUAUUUAGAAAAAAAAAUUGUACUUUAUAACGUUGAUUCUUGAAGUAUAAAUAACAAGGAAAACGAACGAAAUUAAUUCAAAAUGCAAAAAUACUUCAGAGUAUUGUACGUUCCUUCGCAGCCAUUUGAAUUAUACGUCAAAAUUAGUUCUCUGGACGCUCGCGAGUGGCGCUUCGAAUAGGAACAAAAAUUUGGUGUCAAACAUGUGCAACAGCCUGUCCAGUGGUAUUUAUACAGGUCAGUGAAAAUGUGUCUAUCUAGAUACUAGACUAUCUGUUGCUUGGGUAUAUGCCAGUUAUAUCUAAUUAUACUGAAAGAAAUUUGUUUUAUAUUAUACUGACAUAUACCCAUAGUCAGUUUAAUUAGUUACAAUAAGGAUUAGUUUACAACGUAUACAGUGUUCAAUUAAAAUAAAUAUAUUUAACACUG